UGAAUUAGUGACGAAUGUACAUGGCUAGCUAUAGUACAUAUGUAUCCCUUUUCAGGCCAAAGGCGUAGAGGUGCCCAAUAAAGAAGACAUGGCCUGUAACUGCUGAGAAGCCUGAGGUACGCAAAUUGCCCCGGGGGUGAAUGAGUCAUAGAUAAAACCCUUUGUAUUGUCGCCUAGCGGAGUGAUGCCCAAUCAUAGGCCUAUGUGAUACGGAAAGCCACUCAUUCAUAUUGAACCGAACUUGUCCACUUCCAGUUUGACUUCCAUGGAAAAAUCUGGAUCAGGGUAGGUUCUAAGGUGUCCUGAACAAACUUGAGGGAAGAACCAUGCAGCAAACAGGAGGACCAGAUCCAAGACGACCAGAGAAAAUACAUAGAUACAAACCUAUUCCUGUUGGCACUCCUGGAUCCCCCAGUGAUGAUGCCACUCCUGACUACCUCAAUGUUCUGGGGAUGAUAUUCAGCAUGUGUGGCCUUAUGAUGAGGUUGAAAUGGUGUGGUUGGGUAGCACUGUAUUGCUCUUGUAUCAGCUUUGCUCACUCAAGAGUCAAUGAUGACACCAAGCAGAUUCUCAGCAGUUUCAUGCUGUCUGUGUCAGCUGUGAUCAUGUCAUAUCUCCAGAAUCCCCAGCCAAUGACUCCACCAUGGUCAACAUGACAACACAUCACAUUCUUUAUUCUCAUGCCUAUGUUGGUUGUUGCAAUAAUAUAUCCAGGUCUU